UCAUUAAUAAAUUAUAUAGAUAUACAAAUUUAGUGGGAUGGUUUAUAAUCUAUAAAAAGAUGGCCUCAUCUUUGAGCAGAUUACAUUAUUCAUACUAUUUUUUUUACAUUUUAUAUUGGUUUUUGCAUUAUUAUUUAGAAUCCAUUAGCAGAGGAAAAUGUUAUAGAUUUCAAUGUGCAAAAAGAUGAAGAUGAUAAAGUUAUGACGGCAAUGGAGAACCUUAAUAGGUGUGGUAAUGGCAUUGCAGUUGAAAAUGCUAUUGUAAAAACUUUGAUCUUGGUUCCACCAAUAUUACAGGUUGAGGAAUCCCUGUUAUCUCUUGGUAGUCAUGGAAAUGUUGAUGGUAUUUUCCACUGCUUAUUAAUUAAAGUUGAUGUUUCCGGAAAAGAAACAUUUCUUGCUAGAUAUUUUGAGUUUGGCAGUUUCACGGCUUUCUUUGAAAAUGUUGCUCUUGGAAAACUGAAGUAAAACCUAGGAAUCGAAGAAAUUCUUCCAUACUGCACUUUCACAAUAAAAGAUGUUGAAAUGGAGAUAGUACUUAAAAAUGAAACCUUCUGCCACAGAGCUAAGAAUAAAGAUAGUAAAAGUCGUCUUCACAAAAAUAGAAACUUUAAUAGAAAAAUAUAUGAUUGCAAGGGAGGGUUGAAUGAAAGUUUUAAAAAGUUAUCAGUUGCAUUGGAUAAGAAUAAUUCGUGCAUUUGUUACCAGUUAAUUACUGUUUGCCUUUUUAAAGAUCAGUUGUGGGAAGGUAAUAGCCAAGGAAACAAAAGGUUUUUUGUUUGUCAACCUUCAAAAAAAGCUGAGGAGUGGGAAAACAGUCUUAUGUUCCAUCGGAGUAAUCCUCAAGGAAUCUCAAGCUAUGGAAAAUUAUGGACUGCAAUACAAGAAAAUCCAUCCUUAGAAAAUCAAUUCAGUCUUCUAUCUGAUCUUCCUAACCAUCAUAAAUGGAUGUGGGAUAAACUGGUAAAAAUUUUGAGAUAUGAGCAGAAGUUUUCAACUUCUUGUCGAUAUUUUCCCGGAUCACCCAGAAAUAGAAUUCUCCAGGCCAUUUUUUACCAAAAUAAUUAUGUUAACAUAAUAAGGUCGUGUCUAAAAAAUAUUUUUAACAUAAAAGAGACGUUUAAGUAUCCAUCAAGUAAAGGAAACCUAGCUUUUAAAUCAUCAGUUGCAAAGAAGAUUUGGUUGUCUUCUUUAGAGAGCAUUGUUGACUGUUCUGAUAAUUCAAGUUGUGAAAAAAAAAAUUAUUUCAGACAAAAUUGAGCUCUCUGAUUCAAGUAAUGAGGUAUGUUUAAUAAAACUGGAAAGGCUUAAUUAAAUAUUACAGAAAAGGCUUAAUCAAAUAACAUAAAAUAUUAUUUAUUGUAAUCAAAAUUCGAAAU